AUGGCCUCGACAGCCAGACCCGCAAAACGACAAAAACUGACGCACGCGGCGCCGCGAGCACGCGCCCGCUCGCCGUCGCCCGCGCACCCCGACGCCGACGCCGAAUUCAAGCCGCUCCCGCCCCCGCUCCUCCUGCUCUCCCUCCCCGCGCUGCUCGCCCAGCCCCCCUCCAGCCGCUUCCACGCGCAGGCGCUCUGCCUCUCCCUCGCGGCGGUGCGCGCGUGCCUCGCGCAGGGCGCGCUGAGCCCCGACGUGGAGUGUCGCGCGUGGACGGCGCUCGCGGAGGUCGGGAUGGCGGUGGUUAGCGGGGGGGGCGCGGGCGAGGCGCAGGCGUGGGCGGUGGGCGUGGAGAGCGAGGUGGAGAAGGCUAUCGCGAAGGGGACACUGAUCGCUCAGAAGCAUCCAUCACUGACGAUCUACCUACACCAUCUAACGGCCCUCCACGCCCGCCUCGCGCAGUGGCAGCACAACACCAAAUUCGCGCGGAAGCUCCUCGCCCGGCUGACCAGCUCCUUCCUCCCCUCCGACCCCCCGCACAUCGUCUACGCCGCGCACCUCGCCAGGAUCAACAACUUCAUCACCGCUUCCUCACCUACUUCCGCACCACACGCUUCCCCGGCGCCCUCUGCUCAGGACGUACACGCGGCGCUUGCGGCAAUCGAUACGCUGCAGAAUCUGGCGGAGAAGAACGCGCACGAGAAAGUGGUAUUGCUGUCCCGCGUCCUGCGCCUGCGCACGCUCGUCGCGGCGGAGAUGUGGGACACCGUGCAGGCGACGCUCCAGCCCGUCGAGGACGCGCUCGGGCUGGCGUACGACGCCGCCUCGACGCCCAAGCCUCACUCGUCUGCUCAGCCGCCACAGACCUCCUACAGGAAGUUCGACGAGCCGUUCGAGACGGCGAUGGCCGUGCACGCGCUCGUGCUCGGGGUCGCGUUCUUCACGCACGCGGGGCAGGCGGCGGACGCGUCCGCGCGGCUCGCGCACCUGCACCUCCUGCUCGACGCGGGCGCGCUCGAGCGCUUCCCCGCGGGCGUCGUCGAGGUCUCGUUCGAGGGCGGCGCGCCGCUCGCGGUGCAGGUGACGCACCCGCGCGUGCUGUACAUGCUGACGUUCCUCGCGGAUUUGCUGUGUGAGCUCGUGGCAGUGGGGAUCAUGAGGAGCGAGUUCGGGGAGGCUCAGCGGAACCUGGAUCUGCUCAUCGCGCAUACACGUACAUAUGACAUCUUCGAGCUGUUCGCCGCGCGGACAGCCCUGCACCAGGGGCACCUCGCGCACGCGCUCGGAAAGACGAGCAAGGCGCUGCAGUGCUACGACACUGCGUCCUUCCUCGCGGGGAAGGAUAAAUUCGUCGACAUGGCAGCUCGCACCGGGGAGCUGGUCCUCAGGCUCGGGAUGCUGCGCACUGCAGGCGGGGAUGAUGCCGGUGGUGAGAUGAAGGAGCUGGGCGCGGAGCUCGAGGUGCUCGCAAAGCGCUGCCGGGGCCAGGGCGCCGCGCUCGAGGCUGUCGGGCAGGUUCUCGAGUCGUGCCUCGCCACCGAGAUUCUCAAGUCCAAGCAGCACCUCAAGCACGCGCUGAGCCUCGCGAGCAGGGCGCAGGACAACUACCUCCGCGCGCUCGUGCUCGCGCUCAUCGCCGCGCACUACCUGCACACCGCGCAGGAGCACGCGCGCGCGAUGCUCGAGACGUGCGAGCAGCUCGCGAUGGGGCUCGGCGCGCCCGUGCAGAGGCUGCGCGACGUCGGCGUCGGCGGGCGCAUGGGCCGCACGAAGGUGGAGGUCGUCGCUGUGGGGAACGUGCCCCUGCGGGUGUGGUGCGGGGAGCGGUUCCUGGACUUGUAUAGGCGGGAGGGGAACGAGGGGGAGGUGAGGAAGCGGGAGGCGGUGAAUAAGCAGCUGCUGAAGAGCCCUCCUGCGCGGGCGGGUGGCUGAGUCUUCCCAUGGGCGAGUUGUCGUUUUCUGGUAUGGUUGUGCUUUGGACGGUUUUCGCUGUCGUCUGUUAAAGCUUUCUUGCUGUGGCAGUUUUCGUUGCAUCUCCUGUAAAUUAUAACUUUCUCAAAUGCGGAUAAUAGAAUGUAGGCAAUGUUCCAAUUAGGGA